GACGGCCCCCCGCUGUGAACUCGACGGUGUUGGACUCCAAUCAGAGCUGGAGUCCAGCCAAACCCAAACACUGCAGAGCUGCUCCAAGAGGAUGUGCGUAUGUAGUCCUGAGAGCUUUAUCAGAGUGCACUAACAACACGCUCCUGGUGAAUACCAUGAAGCCCAAGUCUCUCUGUGUCCCGCGGCUUGGCCUCUUUGAGGACGUUACUGGCAGAUACAGGCGGCAGGUCGAUACCGGUGCACCGGAGCAGAGCCUCGAUCAACCGGAGGAGAAGAGGCCCAGAGCUCUGCCCUUCACUGUACUGCAGGAGAGAUCUCCAUACGAGCCCUUAGUGGAAAAUGACAGCCAACACAAACUAAAGGAGGAAAAGAAAGCAAAAAAGAAAGAAAAAUAUAAAAAAUACAAAAAGAAUGUAAGAAAAGCUCUUCGCUACAGCUGGAAAUGUCUGAUGUUGGGUCUGCAGAACUUCACUGUGGGAUACUCCACCCCUCUCUCUGCUGCUGCCACAAUUGUUCCAGAUUUCCACCCGGGAGGAGCCUGGGGUUGAGAGAAUCUGUGACCAGCAUUUCUACUUUACUGUCAGGACCCAAAAUCUUCUUAUAUGGAGCAGAUAAUACUGCACAUCCAGAUGCUGAUUAACAAAUGGACCAUUCUUCUGCCCUGGACAGAUCAACCUCUCAUGCUGUAAAUUGUUGUAAAUAUCUGAUUUUUGGAUUUGUGAUGAAGUGGAGGUUGACACAUUGCUAUUGUGAUCUACAGCUAUAGGGAAGACAUGCUGUAUAUCUUUUUUUAAUACUCAGUUCUGUCUGUGUACACUACCGGUCAAAAGUUUGGAAACAUUACUGUUUUUAAUGCUUUUGAAUGAAGUCUCUUAUGCUCAUUAAGGCUGCAUUUAUUUCAUAAUAAAUACAGAAAAAAACAAUAAUAUUGUGAAAUAUUAUUACAAUUUAAAAUUAUGGUUUUCUAUUUUAAUAUACUUUAAAAUAUAAUUUAUUUCUGUGAUCAAAGCUGAAUUGUCAGCAUCAUUAUUCCAGUCUUCAGUGUCACAUGAUCCUUCAGAAAUCAUUCUAAUAUGCUGAUUUGAUGCUCAGUUAUUAUCAAUGUUGGAAACAGUUGUGUUGCUUAAUAUUUUUUUGGAACCGUGAUACUUUUUUCAGGAUUCAUUGAUGAAUAAAAGUUUAAAAAGAACAGCAUUUAUUCAAAAUAUAAAUCUUUUCUAACAAUAUAAAUCUUUACUAUCACUAUUAUCAAUUUAACACAUCCGUGCUGAAUAAAAGUAUUAAUUUCUUUCAAAAAAAAGAGAAAGAAAAUAAAUUACUGACCCCAAACUUUUAAACUGUAGUGUAUAUUGUUACAAAAGAUUUCUAUUUCAAUUAAAUGCUGAUAUUUUUUAACUUUUUAUUCAUCAAAGAAUCCUGAAAAAGUAUCACAGGUUAUAAAAUAAUAUUAAGCAGCACAACUGUUUCCAACAUUGAUAAUAAAUCAGCAUAUUACAAUGAUUUCUGAAGGAUCAUGUGACACUGAAGACUGGAGUAAUGAUGCUGACAAUUCAGCUUUGCAUCACAAAAAUAAAUUAUAUUUUAAAAUAUAUUAAAAUAAAAAAACAUAAUUUUAAAUUGUAAUAAUAUUUCACAAUAUUAUUGUUUUUUCUGUAUUUAUUAUAAAUGCAGCCUUAAUGACCAUAAGAGACUUCGUUAAAAAACAUUAAAAAUAGUAAUGUUUCCAAACUUUUGACUGGUAGUGUAUAUUUCGCUAUGAUUGAAAGUGAAUUUCUGUGUCAAAGUAAUGAAAUAUUCUUAUAGAUAGUACAAUAGGCAACUAACAUUUUUACUGAAUCUGUAAUUAUUUUAUGCAUAUAUGCUGGAAGUUGCAAGAGAUGGUCACCUGAUUUCAUUCCAAAUAUUUUAUUUGCAACUCACUGUAUAGAUGUCAUUUUAACAUAGGCGAAAGUGAUUUAUCUUUAAAAGGCAUGUCCAUGCUCUGUAAAGGGAGUUUAAUGAGCUCUGCUAUUAAAUGUUUUAUUUGUUUUUGUUAAUUUCAUGGACAAAAAAAAGAGAGGAUUUGCUUGACAGAGAGGGCAUUGAAUGUUCUUAGAGAAGGAAGUAAGAGUAAGUGUUUUCAAACUGUAAUUAGGGCAAGAGCUUUAGAGACAAAGGAAGGGAUUAUGAGGAACCACAACAGGAAAAGACAAUCUGGCACCAGACAGAGAAACAGAUGAGCCAUGACUUGUUUAAUAGGGUUAGUGAAACUGAGUGUCAUGCUUGUAACACCUGCUUAAAAUGAAUUCCAAGAAAUGUUAUUGAAAAAAUAAGAUUAAAAAAAAAAAAUCAGA